GAAGCUUUUAAGCGAUGCAACAGCGGCACUUCCGGUCCACAUGUAAACGCAGCAGCGUGAUUAAACGUAGAUGAUAUUAUAUCUGUCUACAUUUACCUGAAAAACACCGUUUAAACAGUGAGAUCUGUUUGUUAACAUGAAGCUGCUCACGCACAACAUCCUGACCUCUCACGUGAAGGGAGUCAGUAAAGGAUACCCGCUGCUCAUCAAGGCGACUGAGGUGAAGGUGAAUGAGGUGGACUUCAACCCUCAGUUUGUCAGCCGAAUGAUCCCCAAACUGGAGUGGAGCGCUCUGGUCCAGGCUGCGGAGGAGUUGGGUCAACGACAAGACCUGCCGGCUGAGCUGGUGCCAGAAUACGAGAACAACGAAGAGUUCCUGAAGAAAGUGCACAGAGUGCUGUUAGAGGUGGAGGUGAUAGAGGGCUGUCUGAAGUGCCCUGAAUCAGGACGAGAGUUCCCGAUUUCCAGAGGAAUCCCCAACAUGCUGCUGAACGAGGACGAGGUGUAGGCGGCAGCUCCACGAUGUUAACAGUUCCCAUACACAACCUCACCCCAAGCUGUCACUCGGAUGGGAUUGUGGCUAUUCAGAUGGAGAGGAGAGAGAGGAGAGAGAGGUUGGACUUAAGUUGGUGCCAUGAGAGAAAAUAGGCCACACUGUUUGGUUGAUUGUUGUUAUGACAUUUAAAUGGCUGAUGCUGCCAUUGGACGGAAUAACAGAUGGAAAUGUUCCCGGAGAGUAACCCCCAGUGGUUUUAUCUGUAUUUAUUUUUGUAACUGUUUGGGUUCUCUUUUUUUUUUCCACAAUAAAACUGUCCUGAUUUCUACGACAGCCAAAA